AUGGAGAGCAAAUGGAGUGGCUGGGUGCUGCUGAUCCUUUCUGUGUGCCUGGGCUCCUACCAAGCUGGGGCCAGCCCCCUCCAUGAGUGCAGCGCACGGCCGGAGGAUUGGUGCCGCGAUGUGGUGACAGCGGCCAAGUGUGGGACACUGGAGCUCUGCCGGAUCACCGUCUGGGACCAGGCCCUGGGGCAGAAGGGGAUCCCCUGUCACCUAUGUCAGAUGGCAGUCUCUGUGGUAGGCAAGAUUCUGCAGGACAACCGCACUGAGGAAAAGCUGCGGCUCUUCUUGGAUAAGAAAUGCCAGUACCUGCCCUUCCAGGACUGGUCUGUGAAGUGCAAGAGGAUGGUGGACACCGGUAUCCUUAUCCUUGUCCAGCUGGGCAAGCAAGUGCUGUCGGACCCAAAAGUGGUGUGUGGGACCAUCAAGCUGUGCCAGCCCCGGGAGAGCCCCACAGGGGCCCUGAAGUUUCAGGAGCCACCGCCAGCCCCUGCGCACCCUGCUCAGGACUUUGCUGACUUGGUCACCCCCUUCAUCGCCAACGUGCCCCUCCUGCUCCAUCCCCAGGACCUGCCCCGUGGUGAGGCCCAGGAAGAAGUGUGCGAGGAAUGCCUGCAGCUGGUGGCCACUGUGCAUCUGGAGCUGGGGACCAACACCGCCUUCACUCAGGCACUGGUGGCCCGCACCGAGUGGGCAUGUGAGGGCCUGGCACCCGACCUGGCACAGCAGUGCAAGCACUACCUGGCUGAGUACAUGGACACGGCUGUCCAGCUGCUCCGGUAUAUGCUGGCUGAGGACCCCAUGGAGCUGUGUGGCCAGCUGGGACUCUGCUCCUCCUCCUCAGUGCUGCCCCUCCACACACUGCUCACAGAGAAGAUGGUGCAGGUCCUGAGCACGCUGUGGGACAGGGAGGGGACCACACCGCUGUGUGAGAUGUGCCAGUUCGCUGUGAAGGCGGCCGAGAGCCUCCUGGAGAACAACGUGACGGAGGAGCAGCUGGUGAACGACAUUGAGAAGGUGUGCUACAUGCUGCCC